CUCUCUCUCUCUCCACCAUGUAUCCGCCGGCUUCUUCCUAUCUCUUUCUCGUAUUCAUACUCACGGCCUCCAUAGCCACCGCCGCCGACCAAAACGCCCUGAGCGCCUACGAUGUCCUGAAACAAUACAAGUUUCCAAUUGGUCUCCUACCAAAGGGAGUAAGAGGCUACGAAAUUAACCGAAACUCAGGAAGUUUCAAGGUUUACCUUAACAAAACAUGCACAUUCAACAUCGAUGGAUACGAUCUCAAGUACAAAUCGACCAUAUCAGGGAUGAUUAGCGAGUCUAAGAUCUACAACCUGAAGGGAAUCAGCGUUAAUCAGCUGUUGUUGUGGUGGAAUAUCCAGGAGGUUCGUCGUCAGUCCGAAGAGCUCGCGUUCUCCAUUGGGAUCGCGUCGGCCAAUUUUGCGUUGGAUGAUUUCAACCAGAGUCCUCAGUGUGGAUGCGGAUUUCACUGUGGCGCCGGCGCCGGAGAAGAGAAGAAUAAGAAGGAUGUGUUUUUUAAGCGGUUCAAUUCUACGUUUAUGGAUUAAGGAAGAAUUAUGUAAUUUAUGUUUAAGUUUUAACAACUUUUUAUAUGCAUAAUCUAAAGAAAUACUAGUUUUUCUAUAUAGUUUUCAUU